AGCGAGCUGCUGACACCUCGUCUCUCCGCUCCUAACAACCAUCACUCUAUACUUGCACCGUUGAGACAAUCGCAGUGCUGAACAAUGUCUGCAACAAAGAGCACACCACACGUUGCCAUCGUUGGCGGUGGCCUAUGUGGACUUGCAUUGGCAAUUGCACUAGAGAAGCGCCACUUUCUGUACACAAUCUAUGAACUGCAGUCUACCUUCUCCGAGAUAGGUGCUGGGCUGAAUGUCGCCCCGAAUGCAAUCGCGGCAUUCAAUCUGAUCGAGCCGGGACUUGGUGAUGCAGUGAUGGCUUUGGGGACAAGGAACCCCAAUCCGGAUGUGUGGAUGGUCAACAGACUCGGCGCUCCGACGGACCACUUCCCCGAUGCCUAUCCGAUCGCUCAGAUCAUGGCCCCAGGCGUGGGACAUACCGCAGUGGGUCGAUACGAGCUGCUAAACCUUCUCGCAUCAAAGAUCGACCCAGCACGGGCUCGUUUUUCGAAAAAGCUCGUGAGUAUCGACCAAGAUCAGUCAGCGGCGACGCUACACUUUGAAGACGGCACUUCGGAUGUGGCCGACCUCGUUGUGGGUUGCGACGGCAUUCACUCUGCCGUUCGGAAAUGCAUGCUUGGAGCUGAACAUCCUGCCGCGGGAGCCAGGUUUACCGGUAUAGCUGGAUAUCGUGCAGUUUUCCCGAUGGAGAAGCUCGUCGAGGCGCUGGGCCCCGAAAUUCCACGCUCCAGUUGCAUCUGGAGCGGGCCGGGGGGUUAUGUAACCAUGUAUACGAUCGAAGGCGGAGAGAAAGUCAACACAGGCUUGUGGCUGAACAAGGAAGAAUUUCGGGAGCGUCUUGCCAAUGAACGGUGGGUGCUACGGAACCAAAAGGCGGCCCUGCUAAAAGAUUUCGAGCAAUGGGGGCCGGCGGUGCAGAAGAUGAUGUCAAUGAUGAGCGAGGAAACUCAGUUGUGGACCUCGCAUCAGCACGAUGUCGAGCUCGACUCGUACUUUGACGAUCGGAUUUGCUUGAUUGGUGAUGCCGCUCACUCGAUGGGGCCUCACUGGGGUCAGGGGGCUUCACAAGUAAUGGAAGAUGCGUACGUAAUGGCCGAGGUGCUCUCUCAGGUUGGAUCUGUAUCGACGACAGACAACAAGAAUCUUUUAACCCAAAUCCAAGCGGCCUUCGCAGGCUGGCAAGAUGUCCGGAAGCCGCAAUUUGAAUGGCUUGUGAAAACUAGCCAUGAGGCUUUUGACUUCUGGGCUGGGUUUUGGAGAUCGGAUCUCACCGAUAAUGGCAUAAAGAGAAGAGAAGAAGAGGCGAGCAUCUUAUUGAGUAGAAUUUGGAAUGCUAACAUCGGAAGGCAGGGUGAGAUGGCUAAGUGUGCGAUGACGAAGGUCUUGAGGACAUCAAGAACUCCAUCCUCUGCAUAGACAUAUGGAGCAUCAAGUGUUUGGAGCGUUUACCUCAUACUGUGGUAUUCUUUUAUACGCUUUGUUCAAGUCUCAGAGCCCCAAACAAGAUCAACAUU